AUGUCAUCUCGCACGAAUACCCCCGCAUUCAAUCGUCGUCGACUACCCUCUAUUGGCGAGACGCCGGUAGAUGUACAUCCCCCCACGUUUUCGCGCUCUCGCUCGUAUAAUACUAGCAACUAUGGCUCAACUUCAGAAACUGAUGAUGCGAGCACACACGGGCAUGGCCAAGAGACACAAGCUGCAGACAGUAGCUUGUUGACUUUGUCUUCCGCGAGAUAUAACCCUGCUCAGGAGAGUCAAUCCAUGAAGCCCAGUCCUCAAACCGCCGUUCAGGCUCCAGAUCCUUUUGCUGCACUGAAAGGACUCCCUUCUCCUGCUCCAGGUUUCAUGGAAGCUCUUCGAGAGCACUCCGAUAUUCGCAACGGCUCCAGAGAUCGGAAGCCUAAUGGGUUGCAGAUCGACUUAGUGCAGGCAGAAGAGGCACCAUACGACUCUCAUGGACUUUUACCUAGCGGAAAAAGCACAUCUUCAGCAUUUAACAGUUGUACUUCCGCCAAAAGUCCAAGUGUGAGUGGUCGCAGCAUUGAUCAAUACAUAAGCAGCCUGGAUGAAGCAAAUUACCAUGCGCGAAAGAAAAAUGGUCGGCGGACACCAGGUCAUGGCAGACGGAAUGCAGACGACGCCAGCAGCCAACAAGGCUCACGAGCAAUUAAUCCUCGUGAUCUUUCUCAGGAAGCCCGAGGUCGAAAUGAGAAAAGGUACAUUCAGCCUGCAAAACGAUCCCCGUCUUCCCCUGUGCCGAUGUCUCCCGAAGAAUUAGCACGAUACCACACUGAAGCCGAGAAGCCUUCGGAUUCACGCAAAAAGGGAUCAUCUCGCACCAGGAGCCGUAGCAAGAUGAGAAAAGCUAGCUCACGCAGUCGUCAGCGCUCAUCUAGUCGACACACAGCAAGUCGCUUCGGAGGAGACAGACAAGAUGUCACAUCCCGAGGUCGCAGUGUUGAGCGCAAUGGGUCUAGCAUACGAUCGCCAUCAUCUCCGUUGCCCAUGACUCUGCCUCAACAAGAGAUUAUUAAGGCUGAUGGCCAAGAUGAUCCUCUAAGGCUUGUCUCCGGCGACCGUCAACGCCUGCGCUCACGUCACCGCAGUGCGAGUCGCCGCCGAACGGAGCGAGGUGUCAGUGCUCACCGAGAUGAGUCUCUAGAGCCUCGCCACAAACCAUCUCAUAGCGUUCCCGAAAUCCCACAGAAUCUUGGAAGUGAAAUUGAGCAACAGAGUGCAGGGCUUGAACAACUGAGUGCCAAGGUUUUCGGUCAAGAACAUGUCUUCACAAAUGGAAACACGCAAAAGCCAGGCCCGGCAUCUGACGAUGCACACGAAAUGGUAUCACCGACUACGCCGUAUGUCAGUCUCGCCGAGCGAAAGAGAAGAGAGCUUGCGGCUGCUGAGCUUGAAGCCCGGCGCCUUUCCCUUGCUCGCAAUCCCUCAGCCCCUAAUAUUCCUUUCCCGGGGGAUUUGCACAAUGCAAGAAGCCCACUUGAGAGUCCACCAAUGGUCUCGGGGUCAUACUUCCCACGAGCACCGUCGAGAAACAAAGCUACUUCUAGCAAGACCUCACCAGGUUACCACAGUGGGUCUGACUCAAGCUCAUCCCGAUCAGGUGCCCCGUUGGGCUUGCCCGCGACACCAAGAGCGAUGAGGCAUCCCAAAUACGGAGUAAAUGGUCAUGAAGUAGAACGACCUCCUUCGGUUCCCACAAUUCCAAAUGAUUACUCCAACGGACCUCUCCUCUCCGACGCGCGCUAUCAAGGUGAGGCCGAAAGAAUUGGGCGAUCCAUGUCGGUUCCCGCUGUAGAGGCCCAUUGUGCCGCCGCUCCUGUCAGUCCUGAAAUUCCCAUGCAUCCAAGAUUCAAUCCGCAUCUCCCUCGAAGCCGUUCGAGCAGCCGGAGCCGAAAAAUGAGUCACCGACGAACAAGCUCUGGAGGCGGAUAUGUCUCCGGAACAUCUCAGCCUGUGACGAUCAGCAUCGAGGAGACCAUCGACACUGCUAUGCAACGAAGACCGUCUGGCGUACAGAUCGAGUUGAUCCCACCUCCCCCACCACCACCUAUUCUUCCGGAGCUGCAGCACCUAAAUACACCACCUCCACCACCUCCCGUCCCGUUAUCCAUGAAUGCCACCUCUCCGCGUGAAUCCUCUGCCACGAUCGAUGUCGCCAUCGACCACGCUAACAUGGGCCGCUUGCUUCCUCGCGCCAUGACCGCGGCUCCGGCAUUAAGCGGGCCUGAGAAUCGCCAGAACAACGGACAUCAGCGGAUGUCUUUCGAACAUCGCCGAAACCGAAGUUCGAAUGAGAGCUUCGCAAACAAACUGCGCAGUCUGACCCGUAUGCGCAGCAACAGCCGCAGUGUUGAGCCUUGGGGAAAUACCGAGGCAGAAUGGCCCUAUGAUGAUAUCCCUCUGACUAACGGACAGGGCAAUGGGCUCGAAUCGCGUCCGUUCUGA